UAUAUAUAUUUCUUCCACACUAUAAGCAUACAUCAAAACAAAACAAUCAAAAUGGCAAGAAAACAAGCUUUUGUUGUUAGCCAUAAGGAACCACAACUCCUAGUACCUUCUAAACCUACACCCCAUGAAAUAAAGGAAUUAUCAGACAUAGAUGACCAAAAAGGCAUGAGGAUUCAUGUCUCUAUGAUCAUGUUCUUUAGGGCAAAUCCCCUCAUGAAAGCAAGGGACGCUGUGGAAGCCAUUAGAGGUGCAUUAGCUGAAGCCCUUGUAUGGUACUACCCUCUUGCAGGUCGCAUUAUUCAUGGCCCUGAUGAGGAUAAGUUCAUGGUGGAUUGUAGUGGUGAAGGGAUCUUGUUCGUGAAAGCAGAUAGUAAUUUCAGCUUGGAAGAUCUUGGCGAUGCUAUUAAGCCACCAUGUUUGUACUCCAAGGAGCUCUUGUAUCAAGUGCCUGGCUCUGAUGGAAUACUCGGGUGCCCCUUGUUGUUAGUUCAGGUGACACGUUUGAUUUGUGGAGGAUUUGUGGUGGCUAUACGACUAAACCAUGUCAUAACCGACGGAUUAGGUUUAGCAAAAUUCCUCAAGGCAACUGGGGAGCUAGCGCAGGGUGCAUCUUCACCGUCCAUUAAACCCAUAUGGAGAAGAGAACUGCUGACAGCAAAAAAUCUCCCACCUCGUACUCGUUACGAACACCCAGAAUACAACGUUGUUGGCCACGAAAACGACACAAAAAUGGACGAAAAAAAUGUGGUCGGUCGCGGUUUCUAUUUCGGCCCAAACGAGAUCAAAGCCAUCCGACAAAAACUCGCCCAACCAACCUCAAAGUUCAACAUGAUUACCGCUUCCAUUUGGAGGUCUCGAACCCGAGCCCUAAAUCUCACCGGCGAUGAAACGGUAGCCAUAACAACGAUGGUUAACGUGAGCGACAAAACCCCACUUGCACCGCUACAAAAGGGGUUUUACGGCAACGCGGCGGUGCCGGCGGCGGCGGUGACCGGAGCAAGAAUGUUGAGCAGUAACCCAUUAGGGUACGCUAUAGACUUAAUACAAAAGGCGAAAGAUAAAGUGGGAGAGGAUUAUGUACGGUCUAUGGUUAAUCUUAUGAAUGAAAAAGGAAAGCCGCAGAUUUUGAGGUCACGUUGCAACAUUGUUGUUUCGGAUGCGUCUAAAGCGGGGUUUGAUAGGGUGGAUUUUGGGUGGGGGAAGCCGGUGUACGGAGGAACCAUGGACGGAGGAUCCGCCACUCUUAGCAUAUAUGGUUGUUGCCGGAAUGUUGACGGAGAGGAAGGUGUGGUGGUGCCGGUUUUCUUGCCUCCGCCGGCGAUGGAGAGGUUUGAGAGAGAGAUGGAGAGAUUGACAAGUCUUGAGUUUGGAGAAAGUUUAAUUUCGAAGUCUAAUUUGUAAGGGUUUUUUUUUUGUGUGUGUAAUCGGGGUAUUUAUCAUUAAAUUAAUCUUCUCCUUAAAUUAUAGGUACUGGAUGAAGCAGUUGGUCUAGAUAUUUAAGUCUGCUUUGAGUGGUUAAUAUGUAAGUUAAUUAAGUUGUUUUCAGAGUGAAUUUCUAUAAAUUAGUAGUAAAACUAGGGAGUUUGAUAGUGUAAAUACGCUAAGAUGUUCUAAAUACGUACGAACUGGUGGGUCAGGUCGUAUUCAGGUCCUGUUGCAGUCUACUUGUUGGUUUAAGUCUCAAGCUCAAUAAAUGACGUCAGAGGGUUCGGAGUUAAGAUGUGGUAGGUGAAGUUGCCAAAAGUCCCUCUUUCUAGCAUUAAAUGUGGUAUUUAUAGCGCAAGAAGGAAAACACAUGUCGAGUUCUCGGCAUGACUGACAUGUGUUAUACAUGCAGUUGGUGGGCUCGGGAAUAGCCCCAUGAUAGUCAUGUAUGUGUGCUUAAAUUCCUUAUCACCCCAUUGGGAUGGGGUGGUUAAGGCCAGGAAUCUAGGUCCCAAGGCAACGAAGCAACAGUGCAGUCUCUAUUUAGCUCGGUUGUCACGUUGAGGUCGGGUACCGCCAAGAGUCGGUUAAGGUCGGGAACAAUUCCUCUCGGCGGCAUGACCAGGUACCAAAUAGGUACACGUAUGUGGAGGGGAGUAUACUCGGAGAAUAUCCCCUAUUAGAGUUAAUUAAGUCUUUGUGAUGUAUGUGUAUGUAUGUUAUUAUGAAUAUUAUUAUAUUGUUGCAAUGAAUAUGGUCGGUUGAAAUAUGUUGUUAUGAAUAUAUAUUAUUAUAUGAAAAAAGUAAUGGUUUAAGUC